ACCUAAACAUUAAUCUUUUUUUUUUUUUUUUUAAACACGUUUCAGAAAGUGACACAAUUCGCUCAGGGCUUCUUGCAGAUACAGGGAGGCUGCCAGGAUCUCGCGGUGUGAUGAUGGAUCAGUGGGAGGAGAUCAGUGAAGAAGAGGAAGAGGAAGAGCAGCAGCUAUCUGAUCAGUCAGUCCUGCCCACAGGAAGCCAGGAUCAGCUGGAGGACGAGGAGAAGCCAACCCAGGCUCAAGAGGUCAACAGUGGUGAUGAGUGGGACACUGAUCUGGAAACAGACAAUGCCACCAAUGAGAAACAAUGUUUGUCCUGUGCGGAGCUGUACCUGCAGGCCUGUUGGUGGACAGGGUCCGUUCCCGUAUCCUCCUUCCGCCGUCACUUGGGUGAAGCCAGUCUCAACCUGAACCACUAUGGUGUGGGACCUCUGGGGGCCAAAGCUCUGGCCAUAGUCCUGCAAAAUGACAUUGUCGUCACCAACCUUGAGCUGGAGGACAACGGACUUGGGGCCGAGGGGGCGCGCUAUAUGGUGGAGAUGCUUCAAACCAACAUCAGCAUCCAGAGUCUAAAUCUUUCCAACAACCAGCUGCAUCUUGAAGGAGCACACAUCAUCUCCAAAAUGCUGUUAGACAAUUACUACAUCAAAUCCCUCAAACUGUCAGGAAAUGAUUUUGAUGAUUCUGCUGUUAAAUACUUUGCUGAUGCUUUGAAGGGUGACUAUGUGGUCAAAGAGCUGGACCUCAGUCACAACAGGUUCUGUAACACAGGAGGAGAACACCUGGGUCAUAUGUUAGCCACAAAUGUAGGUAUUGAAGUCCUAAAUUUGAGCUGGAACCACCUUCGUAUGGGUGGUGCAGUGGCUCUGAGUGCUGGGCUGAAGGUGAACUCGACUCUGAAGCAGCUCCAGCUGUCAUGGAACGGUUUUGGCCACAUCGAGGCAGAGUCACUGGGUCAAGCACUGAAACAAAACAGCACACUGGUGCUGCUGGACCUCAGCAGUAACAGUAUAGACGACCAGGCUGCGACACUUCUCUGCCAGGGCCUGGCCGCCAACGACACCCUCAGGGUCCUCAAGCUCUCCCAUAACCCCCUGACAAAUAUCGGCGCUCUGACGCUGCUCAAAACAAUUACCAACAACAUGAAAUCAGCCGUGGAGGAGAUUGAUAUUUCUACAGUGUUUGUCUGCGAGGCCUUUGUGGAGCUGUUGGAAAAAGCCCGUCAGGGGCGUCCUGCUCUGGAUGUUCGACACAGCGCCAUGAGUUCUGUCACCAGGAACUCCUCCGCCCUCCAGAUCUUUCAGAAAUUCCUUGAAGAGCGAAAUGAGAGCAUCUUGGAUUUCUUCCAAGCUUUGGAUAAAGAAGGAACCACGAAGGUCUCCACCGCUGCCUUCAGGAAGGCUGUAAAGGCAGCUAACAUACCUCUGGAUCAGCGGCAGCUCGAGUGGUUGAUCAGGAUGUUUGACAAGAAAUGCACAGCCACCAUCAUCUACAGUCAGUUUGCUGAGCUGUCAUAGAUACAGAGACGUACAGCACCACCAAGAUGAGGAUUAGGGAUAACAGAGGACACAUCUUCAAAUAAAAGUUAAUGGAGUCUGUUAUUUGAUUUUGUUCUUUAUAUGCUACAAAUGGGACUUUGGAUAUUCAGAAGGGACUCCAUUUUUUUGCCAUACAAAUCUCACAAUUUCACAUUUUUGCAAAAUAUACUGUAGAUACUUACAGUAUAAGGAGGUGGAACUGACAUCACAAACCCAAUAGUAAUGUGCACCACUGACGGUUGUAUCCUAAUAACUCCCCCUUCCACAGUAGUCCUUAGCUCAACCCAAUUCUGUCCAGUGUGAAUACUUGAACCUCUGACACCAACCAGCUGCACCCACCUGAGCGCUGCCAGCUGUGUGUGCGCCUGGGCCACAGGGUCCUCUGCCUCAUUCUCUCCAUCCAAAAAUAAUCUUCUGGUAUGACAACAGAACAAGAGCAGGAAGAAAAAGAGAGCUGGCGUCCAUAUCAAAGGACCGAGAGGAGAGAAAGAAUAGGGCCAGAUGCAAGCUAGUUGUUUCGCCACAUUGGUUAGCUUUGAAUGAAAUAGCCUGUAAAGGAAACAGCACGCUUAUGAAUAUGCAUGUAAAGCAUUACUUAUGCAGACCCUGCAGGGUAGGAUUAUUAAGGGUGAAUUGUCUCAAGGUGUGAUAUCCAACAGUGCAAUCUGUUUCUGUCUGGUGGCUCCAGUGGUAACCACAGAGAAGACAAUGACAGGACGCACCGUCUUUACUGAGUCAUGUGUAAACGGCUUGACACCUAAUAUCGUGGGUCAUGAGGACAUAUAUAAAUAUAUAUCUUGUUGCUUCUUUCACCUACUUUGUCGUCGUCGUCGCUUUCCCCUCCUGAUCCUCCAGACACUCUUCUUCUUCAACAUGGUGGUUGACUUCCAUGUCAGCUCCAGCGGGAUUGGCAUCAUCAAAGCCAAUGACGUCAAUAUCACUUUCUGAGGAGAUGUGGUAGCCGUCAGAGUUGCAAACUCCUCCAAGUCUCCUCUUCUUCUUCAUUGUCAUCAUCUUCCUCUAUGGAGCUUCUCCUGGAUCCUCCAGACAGUGCAUUCGGUUCCUUCACAUCAUUUAAAAUAUGUCUGGUAUAGAUGGCAAGGGGUUGCCUGAGAUCCCAAGAUCCAGGCCCUACAAGAUUCAUUCAGACAACUGCCACCAUUACCAUUCAUAUAAGCAAACUGGAAAUCUAUCCUUCCAGUUUACCUUCAAAAGCUUUUUGUAAAGACACAUCUUUUUUUGUUAAAU